GCUCUCCGUAGUGUCGGAGGCAGCUCGGCAGGACUCUGCGGUGUGUGCUGGUUCGCGGCGGCUGGACCCCAACUCCAAGGCCGGGCCGUGAAGCUUCUGCCGCCCUGCUUAGUCGCGGACCGCCCUCCGCUUCCCGGUGCCCGCAGCGGCGCCGAGUCUGACUGGGGCGGGGGCCGCGGCCCCUCGGGCUAGCGAGGAUGAGCUUCCUCUUCAGCAGCCGCUCUUCGAAAACAUUCAAACCAAAGAAGAAUAUUCCUGAAGGCUCCCAUCAGUACGAACUCUUAAAACAUGCAGAAGCCACUCUGGGAAGUGGCAAUCUGAGGCAAGCUGUCAUGUUGCCAGAGGGAGAGGACCUCAAUGAAUGGAUUGCUGUCAACACUGUGGAUUUCUUCAAUCAGAUUAACAUGCUGUAUGGAACCAUUACAGAAUUCUGCACUGAGGCAAGCUGCCCAGUCAUGUCUGCAGGUCCCAGGUAUGAAUACCAUUGGGCAGAUGGCACUAAUAUUAAAAAGCCAAUCAAGUGUUCUGCACCAAAAUACAUUGACUAUUUGAUGACUUGGGUUCAGGAUCAGCUUGAUGACGAAACCCUUUUCCCUUCGAAGAUCGGUGUCCCAUUUCCCAAAAACUUCAUGUCUGUGGCAAAGACUAUCCUGAAGCGUCUCUUCAGGGUUUACGCCCAUAUUUACCACCAGCACUUUGACUCCGUGAUGCGGCUGCAAGAGGAGGCCCACCUCAACACCUCCUUUAAGCACUUUAUUUUCUUUGUUCAGGAGUUUAAUCUGAUUGAUAGGCGUGAGUUGGCACCACUUCAGGAAUUAAUUGAGAAGCUUGGAUCUAAAGACAGAUAAACGUUUCUUCUAGAACACAGUUAGCCCCUCGCUCUGUCUACUGCUAGCACCCUCUCAUUGCUGUCUGGUAUGGACUAGUGACACUGACUAUGAAGAAACAGGAUCAAAGGACCGUUUGUUGUCUGCAGAGAAAAUUGUCCCAAAGGUAGGCUGGCCAGGUAGCUUCAGAACAAGACCUGUGUGGCACAGCCAGAUUGGAAGUGCUUUGUGGCCACCCGUCCUUCAGUAUCCCUUGUUGUAACCUGAGGAGUAACCUGUGGUCUGUGGCUGAUCUUUUGUUCAAGAAAGUGAUUGAAGCCGGGCGGUGGUGGUGCACACCUUUAAUCCCAGCAUUCAGGAGGC